CGGGUCCUUCGGUUCGGUGCGUGUGCGCAGCGUUCCGGGAUGGGGUUAUGAGGGGGUAGGGGGUGUUGGGUUGUCCCGGGUGGGGCCCUUCCCCGGGUGCCUCCCGCAGGGGGGGGCCCCUCCCUGCUGUGGCCGGGCCCCUUUUAAGGAGCUCCACCCCGGGCCGGGCCGAGCCAGGGUGGAGCCGCGGGGCCGUUCACACCUCGGUACGGCCCGGCACGGCUCGGCACGGCUCGGCCGGGAGCAUGAUCCUGCCCGCGGAGGGGAUGAGCACCGCGCACCCGCGGAGGAGCCCCUCCCGCGCUGCCGGGGCGGGGAAGGUGACAGCCGCCAUGAGCUCGUCGGCACUGCUGGCAGAGGGUCCUCUCGACCCACCGGUGCUGCUGGCAGACAUCAAGACGGAGCCCCCCGAGGAGCUGCUGGCCAGCGACUGCGGCCAGCCGCAGGCUGAGCCUGUGGAUCUCUCCCUCAACAAAUCCAAAGUGGCAGCGACCUCGGCUCCGGCGCCGCCGCCGCCGCCGCCGCCCCCCACCUCGGUCCAGUCCUCCCCCAUGCUGGUGGCGCCUCCGCUGCCCGUUCCCACCACGGUGUCCAUCUCGCCCUCUGGCCUCAGCUCCACCUCGGCCAUCCCUGCCGUCCUCUCGCCCGGCUCCAUCCUGGCCUCCACGCAGGGCAGUGGUGGGCAGCAGAUCCUCCAUGUCAUCCACACCAUCCCUUCUGUCAACUUGCCCAGCAAGAUGGGCAACCUCCAGACCAUCCCCGUGGUGGUGCAGUCCCUCCCCGUGGUUUACACCACCAUGCCCACGGACAGCGUGGCCGCCAUCACCGUGCCCCUCAUCGGGGGGGACGGCAAGAACGCCGGCUCUGCUUUUCUUUCCCGCCCCCCACCAGUGAAAGUCGACCCCAGCUCCAUGUACCCCAUGGACAUGAACAGUGACAGCGAGGACAGUGCCUCUGAGAGUGGCCCAGCACCUUUCCAGGACCUCCAGAGAGAGCCGGCGGCGCGGGGGCAGCGAGCUGACUCCCCUGACCUAAAGAAGAGAAGAAUCCACCAGUGUGACUUCGAGGGCUGCAACAAGGUCUACACCAAAAGCUCCCACCUCAAAGCUCACCGACGGAUACACACAGGAGAGAAGCCCUACAAAUGCACGUGGGAAGGCUGCACCUGGAAGUUCGCCCGCUCGGACGAGCUGACGCGGCACUUCCGCAAGCACACCGGCAUCAAGCCCUUCCGCUGCUCGGACUGCGACCGCAGCUUCUCCCGCUCCGACCACCUGGCCCUGCACCGCCGCCGCCACAUCAUGAUGUGAGCGCCGGCCCUGCCUCCGCCUGCCUGCGGGCCGGGGCCC